ACACACCCUCUCUGCACCUCUACUCCUCACAUUCUUUACAGACAGCAGAGAGCGCACACAGAGACCUGGGAAAUGGCAGAGAAAAAGGCAUUCUGUGCUGGGAAUGGAGAGUCAGCAGUGGCUCAAUCAGGACAGAGUGGUCUCCCGGCUCGCUCUGCAGGCAGCCACAGUGUACUGCAGGAUGGACUGAGCUUCACUCCACUCGACUCAAAUGAGGACAGGACUGUUCAGCCUUUCCCACGAUCCCCCAAGUUACAGAAGAAGAUAGCCAAAGCUGGACAGCCCUCUCAGGAGGAGCUGUCCAGACGUCUAGAGGAGCUGCAGGGAGAGAAGUCUAAGACUGAGGCGCACAUCCAGUCUCUGAAGAAACGCAAGGCAGAUCUCUCUAGCAGCACAGAGGUAAUGAAGCAGCAGGUUCGAGAACGCUUCGAGAACAUGCGGUUUGCUCUGAACCAGGAUGAGCAGGCUGUGAGGGACUCUCUGGAGAUGGACCUGAGACGGACUAGGACCAGACUGGACCAAGUUCUGAAGACCUGGGAACAGCACCAGGACCAGGUGAUUAAAGGCAUCAGCAGUAUCCAGAGAGCACUGAGCAACAGCCCCCAGCCAGAGGACGAUGGAAAGGGUCAGUCUGACAAUCUGAGUGCUAAGAAGCCCGAUGCCUCUGAGAAGGAAAUUCGACUGAAUGAGGAGAGAUUUGAAAGGCUCCUAAAGACAUUAUCCUCCAUCUCCAAACAGCUGAGAGCUCAGCUGCAGAGGAAGACUCUCCUGUUAGAUGCCUCCCCCAUGGUGAUUGACAGGCAGACCUGCCAUAGCCUAAUCACAGUGACCUCAGAGGGGCGGGGCAUGUAUUUCUCAGGCACCGCCCCUUCCACUCCGGAGCACCCCCUUCGGUUUGACAAAGUGUGCUGUGCUCUGGGCUCAUCUCCAGUCACAGGCGGGCAGACUUACUGGGAGGUGGAUGUGCGCUGCUGCUCUGCCUGGGCUGUGGGCGCCACCUACACCAGCCUGGAGAGGAAGGGCCGCAACAAGGGCGCCAAACUGGGUCGAAACAGGAACUCCUGGUGCGUGGAGCUUCGCAACAACCGUCUUUCUGCGUGGCACAAUGACUGCCACAUAGCGUGCCAGGGCGUGGGGCAAACGCCGCUGGGGAAGAUUGGGGUGUGGGUGAAUUAUGACAAGGGCCAGCUGAUGUUUUAUGACGCAGACACCAUGGUUGUCCUGCAGAGGUUCUCAGCAGCUGUGACGCCCGUGUUCGACAGGGCUCACCACCAGUUCACCGAGCCUCUGUACCCCGCCAUACGCUUCCUGAGACCACCAGAGAACCAGCUGUGGCCAAACCACCUUGAGCUCUCUCACUUCAGCACUCCAUGAUCCUGCAGCCUAAACUCCACAGACACUGAGAGAGACUAUCUGACUGAUGAUGUGUCCAGUGUUUUCCGUCCAUAUCUGUAUAGAGUUACCUCAGAGCAGCUGUACCGUAGAACACACAAGGAUACAUGAUAACAUGUGAGACAG